UGCGAAAAAUAAUAAUGCAAACUUUGUGCAUAAGGAUAACAGCAGGAUAAUACGGUACUGAGUUUCUCAACGAAAUAAAAUGCAUACACACCACUAAAAGCGUUUUCUUUAUUCUUUUAAAAUUAUUAGUACUAUGUUAAGAGGAGCCUUGAUAAAUAUGUAAACAUGUCUGGCGAUACUUCGGUUUUCUCAGAGUCUUUUUCGCAGAGUACGAUAACCCAGAAGAGAAGCCUUUCUGCUUUGCUUGCUGCUAGGCUAGUGAAGAAAAGACACCAAUCUGUAAAUGAGCAGGAUCUGCAGGAAGCUGCCAUUCAGUUGCUUAACAUUCAUCAGAAUCUAGGAGACCUGCUGCUGGAGGUAAAUCCUCCUCCUUCUAAGGUGCUCUGUUGUGAAGAGGGAAAUAACUAUGGCAAGCCGGAGGUGCAGACUCUGCCUGUCAAUGGAGAAUCUAUUCUGGUCUCCGCCCUUCAGGGGCAAGCCUCUAAGCUUGGUGUUCCUGUUAGUGUCCUGUCGGCAAGGACAGUCGUGGAGAGGAUCUGGGAAUUGUCCAUGGUACCUGAAGGGACUAGUCGAAGUGUACUUCUGACCACUGAGAAGAGGGAUAAGAUGGCUUGUUUGAUUCAGUCUUCAAAGAAUCUCCUGUCUCACAAUGCUUUCAGCCGGCUGCUCUUCUGCCAGGAAAUCUGGAAGGCAGAGAAACCUCCUGUUCUUGAAGUGGUCUGGCAUCUUCAUAAAGAAAGCAUUGUUAGUUUGGAAGAGCUUCUGGAAAGCAAUAACAAAAGUGCAGCAGAGAUAGAUUGGCUCCACAGCGAUCUUCGUCUGCUUUGCAGUGACCCGAGAGAUCCUGCCCAAGGGUCAGAAGUUUGCUGGCAGAUAUUUUCAGACUUUGUUACAGUAUUGGUAAGAAAUGGUUUCCAGGAAUCUCAAGAACUGUCAAACCUAAAGAGAAUUCCACAGGUGUGUUUUACUGUACUGGAUGCAAUGCUUACAUGGGUCCUUGAUGCUGUUUCUAAUGACAAACAGGAACAGGAAUCUCUCGGAGUAAAGGCGGCAACUUUCUGGACACAUGGGUUUGAUGUGUCUAUUUAUCGAGGGGCCAUCUCAGUAGGCACUCUGAAGCAAUUUUUCAUUCACACGCUGACACAGAUCCUAACCUACAAGCCUCAGCUCAAAGUGUCAGAUGCAAUUGGAAUGCAGUCGGAAUGGAGUUUCGCUAAAACGUGCCCUCUGUUGACAUCAUUGUAUCGUAAGUUGUUUGUGCUGUUCACUGCAGAGGAACUGAUGGCUCAUUUACAGCAGGUCCUAGAGACUCAUGAGGUGAACUGGCAGAAUGUGCUGUCAUGUGUAUCCACACUGCUGGUGUGUCAGAUACAAGCACAGCAGAAACUCAAAGAUUUGCUGACCCAUCUUUUAACCAGUGCUUUUGAGGUUUAUGAGCUGGAGAGUAUGAUUACUGCUUUCCUUUUGGCUCGUCAAGCCUCUCUGGAGGGACCUGCUGUUUUCAUCUCCUACUCAGAGUGGUUCAAGAUUUCCUUUGGGAAUGCCAGCAGUUUCCAUGGAAACAGUAAGAAAUCCCUAGUGUUUCUUCUCAAGUUUCUCUCAGACCUGGUGCCAUUUGAACCACCACAGUACUUAAAGGUUCAUGUGCUCCAUCCCCCAUAUGUUCCAACUAAAUAUCGUCCUUUGCUUCUUGAGUAUGUAUCGCUAGCUAAGACUAGACUGGCUGAUUUGAAGGUCUCUAUUGAAGAAAUGGGCCUUUAUGAGGAUUUGUCUGCAGUAGAAGCAGCAGCCCAGCCCCAGUGCCAGGCGGAGCAGGAUGUUGACAAGGCCAUCGUUCUGUUUGUGAAUAUGGGGAGAAUCCCAGCAAGUGUAAUGGAGGCCAGUAUAUUUCGAAGACCGUACUACAUGUCUCGAUUCCUGCCAGCAUUGCUGUCUCCACGUGUGCUACCCGACAAACCAGAUUCUCAGAUGAUGUUUAUUGAAUCGCUGAAAAAAGCAGAUAAAAUUCCAGCCAGUCUGUACUCCACUUAUAUUCAAGCAUGCCAAAAGGAGAAGCAGAGGAGGCUAGAAGGUGUUUCAUUGGAAAUGAAAGCAGACAAGCCAAGGGAGCCCCUUGAUCUUCUAAAGGCUGGACUGAAUGAGCUGUCACACCUGGUCUCAGGUCAGGACAAGGUGGAAGAUGUAUCUGCCCAAAUUGCAUUGGUCUCAGAGGUACUGAAAAGUAUCAUAAACGACAGCAGUGGCGAUCUUUUCAAGGAACCAUCAAUAAAACUUAAUGUUGUGGCACCCAAGUUAGAGCCCUUGGAGACUGAGGUCACAGACCUUAUACUGAAGAGCUUUUGUCAGAAUCUGCUGGAAGCCUCAAAAACCAAUCCCCCAAAUAGACAUGGAAACUGGACCUCUCUUUUUGUGAAAAUGCUGUGUGGCCACAGACUGCUUCUAAAGAUAGUUCUAACCAGAUUAUUACAACUGACCUGCCACCAGGGUCCUUCCUUAAGUGGGGUACAUAUUUUAGGUCUGUCUGCUUUUGUGAUUGACCUGCAUGAGUCUGAGAGGAUGGUUCCACUUGUAGAUACUGGGGUUCAAUUGGUCUCCUUUACUGAGUGUGUGACCCAGUUACUUACAUGUGGCACUGAGGAGUCAAUGACGUUUUGCUUGAGGUUUUAUGUUGCAGCAGUUUCCUAUGGACUUUGCAAAUUGGAAACCGAGUCUGUUGAGGAAAUGCAGGCAUAUGUACCCCAUGGAAUCUUUAAGAAGCUGCUGUAUUUAAUUCCAAGACUAGCCGCAGAAGCUCGAGUGGAAUCUGUAGACGACGGAGCAGAAUCUGUCUGGAGCGUUUUGUCUGAUCCUUGUUUGAGUUGGAAGAGGUCUGCUCUGGCCCUGUGGAGACAUUCUAACUUUAGAAAACUUGAAAAACUGUCAGAGUUCAAGCUAACUUUCCGGGAUUGGAUCAUGGCUGAGCUGGAUGUCCAGCCUGGCAGGGAUGCUUUGUCAGAAUCACAAAGACAGGAGUAUCAGCACUGGGCCUGCUAUCAGCAAUAUUUGCAAGCUUCCCCUGAUGUGGGAGGCUGUGGUGGAGACAUGGUAACUGCAUGUACUGUCUUCAUUAAUGCCAUAUUGGAUCACAGUCAAAGGUCUAAGACUGUCAACAGCAUGCAGCCUGUAGGAUCAGUGCUUCGUUGGUAUUCUAACCCUUGUUACACAGAUAUUAUCUGCAGACUCCAGGAAAUGGUGUUUGAUUUGGAGUUGAUGCAAGCGAGGGCAAUAACUGCUGGUGCCUUGCAUGAAGAUGGACACUUCUUGUUUAGAUUAAUUCGUGAGAGGUUUUCUAAGAUUCAGUUCAACCAGAGCCUCAGUAGUCAGCUAGUACAACAGCAGGAGCUCCAUGCCAUCACAAGGAUUAUCACAAGUCUCCCUCCUUCUGUCCUUUUAAGAACUAAUCUGGAAAGAAAUAAAAUCUCUCUGAAUUGUGAGGAGUUCUUCCAUUUUGUGAAUGCAGAGCAGAGAAAUGGCUGCUUCAGAGCAUGUGUACUGCCAUAUGACCUCACUGUGCAUUUCUUUCGAGGUUUGCUGAGUUCAAGUAUAGCUUGUAAAAAGCCAUCACAUGCUGUUACUGCAGUUUUCACUGAGUGCUAUCUGAAGUGUCCUUUGCUGAUGUCUUCUGCUGGGUUCUGGUGGCCAAAGUUAGAGCCUGUUUUGCGGUCACAGUGGAGCAGAUUGAUAGACGAGCCAGUGCCUGCGGAGCUGCAGAAGCUGGCAGACUGCCAGACAUGGGCUCGCAGUGCGCUGUGUGGGAAAGCAGGCAGCCCUCCAUCUGACUCUCCUUUUGUAAUGGCAGCCUUUCUGUACUUCUCUUUCUUGAGGCAGUCUUCGAACAAAAACAUCUGUGCUGUGCUUGGAGGCAUAAAUGAAGAUUGUGAAGAACUGCUGGUUUUCUUAUUGUUUUUCUCCAUGGUGGAUCUGAUCUCCUCCAAGCUGCAUCACACGGAGGCCAUGGAUUUACUCAGAGCUAAGGAAUGCUGUAUAGACAUUGUAAAACAUCUUGAAAAUACUGGCAAUUGGAUUAUUCUUUUCCGUGUACAAGAGGAAGGGCAAAGUCCCUACCAGGUACUGCACACAAUGAUGUCUGAUCUACAGAUCGAGCUGAUGCCUCUUGCUUUCUACUGCCUUUUUCCUAGCCUGGAUCAGAAUUUGCUUUCUUCUGUAAUGAAAAGGCAAGUUUUUUUACACGUUGCACUCCAAAUGUACAGUGGGAUGGUCAAACUUUUCUUGGAUGGAGCGGAGGUCUCUACAAAUAGAGAUAAACAGCCAAGCGCUAAGCAGGUUGAUUCUGCAGAGUUGAUGGAAGCUCAGCAGUUUCUGCUCCAAGUUAUUUCACAGUGUCCGCAAGAGAGUUUUGCAUACAGAAAACAGUUGGAAGAUGUGUGUGUGGAUCUAGACCCAGAGGUGAAAGCUGCUCUUACCUUCCGUCUGAAUCCUGGUGGUAAUGAUUCACUUUAUGAAGAGCCAGACUUUCUGUAAAUAUGUAAAUGGUCCUUUUGAUGAAGGAAUUAUUCAUGCACUACUUGUUUUUAAGCACAAAUACAAUUUAAGUGAAUUCCUACACUUCUUUAUUCAUCCAUAACUAGGUAAAUGAGUUUACC